UGAAUUGAUUUCAAUUAAAUUUAACAAACAAAGCUAGUUACACGUCGACAGGAGAAGCCCUUAUUUAACAACGGUCUCGCUCACAAAGAUGCGUUCACAUCCCCCUUUCGAUUUGACGUAAUGGGGUGAUGAAUAUCCUUUUUUGAGACAUUUUCUCAAACAGCUACUCCCCGGUAAAGACGAUGACCUUCAAAAUCAGACACUUUCUCUUCUCCAUCCUAAAAUUCCAGAAAAUGAACACCUCCGAGACCCGCAACCUUUGCUCGCUUCAUCAGCACCAACAAUGCAGAGGCAUAACCAAGGUCCGUCUUAAAUGGGUCAAGAACCGAAGCCUGGACCACAUCAUCGACACCGAGACUGAUCUCAAGGCCGCCUGCCUCCUCAAGGACGCUAUCAAGCGCUCCCCAACCGGUUUCCUCACUGAAAAGUCCGUCGCCGAUUGGCAGAAGCAUCUCGGCCUCACCGUCCCCGUUCUCCGCUUCUUGCGCAGGUACCCCACUCUCUUUCACGAAUUCCCUCAUGCUCGUUACGCCAGCUUGCCUUGCUUUAAGUUAACAGACACUGCGUUGUUACUAGACUCGCAAGAACAAAGUAUACACCAAAGCUGUGAGAAUGAUACCGUGGAGAGGCUCUGUAGAGUGCUUAUGAUGAUGAAAACUAGGACUGUGUCGUUGCAAUCGUUGUAUCCUUUGAAAUGGGAUCUAGGUUUGCCGGAUACUUUUGAGAAGAUACUAGUUCCAAAGUACCCCGAUCAUUUUAAAUUCGUUAAGGCAAUAAACGGUCUCGCAAGCUUGCGACUUGCCGAAUGGCGUGAGGAAAUCACCGAGUCCGCAUUGGAAAGGAGUAAUGAGCGCAGUAGAUUGAGUGAUGAGUAUAGGCAAUUCAAGAGGGGGCAAACGGUAUUGGCAUUCCCGAUGACUUUUCCAAGGGGAUACGGGGCACAGAAGAAGGUGAAGGCAUGGAUGGAGGAAUUUCAGAAGUUACCAUACAUUUCGCCUUAUGAGGAUUCUAGGAAGAUCGAUCCUAAUAGUGAUCUUAUGGAGAAACGGGUCGUUGGUGUUUUGCAUGAGAUGUUAAGCUUGACUAUUCACAAAAAGACCAAAAGGAACUACCUAAGAAGCUUGAGGGAGGAAUUGAAUCUUCCGCACAAGUUUACUCGAAUCUUUACAAGGUAUCCAGGGAUAUUCUACCUGUCGUUGAAGUGCAAAACAACGACCGUGGCUCUUAAAGAAGGGUAUCGCCGGGGAAAACUCGUGGACCCACAUCCCCUUGCACGUCUAAGGGAGAAGUUUUAUCAGGUUAUGAGAACAGGGCUCCUUUAUCGCAGUAAGGGCGUGAAUUUGAUUCCCCAGCAAGAAAUUUUGCUUGAUAAUAAUAUGGAAGAUGAGACGGGGCUAGAAGAUUCUGAGGUGGAAGAGAUUGAGACAGAUGAGGAAUGCUGUGAGGAUGAAGUAUCAGAGAUGGAUGAGGGGUCUGACGAACAGUAGUAUGAGUAAAAGCAAGCUGGAAAACAUGAUAAUUGGUUCAAGGUAUGGAAUUCUACUCGAAAGUACUCAAUUUAGAUCCUUUUCUUAAAUGGGUGUGGAAAUAACUAGGGAUGUUGAUUCUGUGAUCCGUGCGAUGGUUGUUUGUUGUUGAUCUUCCUACUGACUCACUGGAAAAUUCUUUCUAUGUUGCCAUUUAAAUCCCCCUUUGCAACCACGAAGAAUGUUAUGGUUGCACUUACUAAUUACACAAAACCGUGAGCCAAAUUGUUUUGGUUCCACAAGUUUGCGUAAUGGUAAUAGAAAACAAAAAAGAUAUGCUGCAUACAUUAAAAGAUGCUGCCAAUAUAUGUAACAAAAGAAGUGAUUAUUAUGAAUGUUAAGAUGCUGUGAGUGAUGAACCGUAUCAAUCUCAAUAGAGGAUGGUCAUUGUUGCUUGUUGUCAGGUUAGUAUCACUGUUUAUAUGAAGUGUAUGAAGAUGUUCAAAAGGUUGAAUAUGUGAAUUUUGUUAUGUUUUCGGAGACUAAAGCAAUCUUUUGUUUAGAAUAAGUUCAAUUUCAUCGGGACAAAGAAACACUGGCAUUCUCAAGGUACACAAGGAGUGCCUUGGAGUUUUUCCAGGUCCUUCUUGUUAUCUGCAAAACUUCAAUGACAUAUUUCCUUCUAGAUGCACCAUAUCAAGCAGAUUGGAAUCAGAUUCCUCAAGGUCUCAUCGUCUAGACUCUCAAGCCACACUCUAAACUGGUUCACACCAGUCUAGGCAUCACCCACAAUUGAUCUCCACGGAAGGUCAUCAAUUUAUUCACCAUCCAGGAAUCAAAGACAAUAGUCCACAAUUAUGUUUAUUGGCAACAAGACGUAAUUUAUACUGGUGCGGCUCAUUUCCGAUGGUGUCUCUCUUUGAUGAAUUAUUGUAGUUAUACACAAAUGGGUGUCAAGACCAAAAUGAGAAAAAGUCCCAAAGAGUCUGGCCAACUUGAAUUGUUCCUGCUGUUAGUGGUGACAGAAGCUCAACUUGUUGCGAUUCCCUACCAUUUUAGCCUCCAUCACACCUCUCCCAUUAUCAAUAAUGACAUGCUUCAUACUAAACCCACAUCUCUACGGAGGCUUCUUAUAUUAGAACCUGAUGAACUCAAGAUA